AUAUAAUUUUCGAGGACGAAAAUUCUUUAAGUGGGGGAGAGUUGUAACGCCCCGAAUUUUAAUUAGGAAUACUUUAGGGAUAUAUGAUUUAUUAAAUGAUGUCUAAUUAUGUGCUUAUGUGUAUUUGUGUGUUUAUGAAUUUUAAAUUGAUUUUGACAUGUUAAGUGUGUUUUUAUGUCUUGUGUAAUUAUUGUGGUUUGAGAUUAAAUUAGAUAGUAUUAUAAUUUAGGAGUUAGUUAUGGGAGAAAAUAAAUAAUCAGAGGUUUUGGACUUAUUUAUGAGAGAAAGAGGUAGAGAGAGAAGUUAAAAGAAGGGUUUUGGUGAAAGUUGAAGAGAAAGAAGAGAUGAGGAAUGCAAAUCUCGUUUUCAACACAGCAGCCUCACAAAAACUUCGAUUCCCGAUUCGUUAACCGUUGGAUGUCCUUCAAAUUUUGAGGGUAAGUUCAUAACAUCUGAGGCCAACUUUUGACCGUUCGGAUCGUUGAAACAAGGUCUGAGGAGGAAGAAAUCGAGUUCGGAUUGCACCAGAUGUGUUGGGGAGAAAAAGAGGGAAAAAGGCAAGAACAAGGUGGAGCUUCAAGAACCCAUCCUCCAUUUUCUUUACAACCAAAGGUUUUCCAGGUUGUUGAGUCUCGUGUGCUUGAGUUCUUGAUGAAGCUCCGCUCUGAUUGUGACACGGGGAAGAGUUUUUAGAGUCAUUUACUCUAUCAUUUUAUUUUUAAUUUAAAAUGUUUCUUGUUAGAAAAGAAAAAUAUUUUUAUUAGUGAUGCUUAUGCUAAUUUAUUUUCAUUAGCAAUAUGAAGAAAAAUGUAAUACCUUAAACAAAUACACUGAGAGAGACUUAGGAAAAAUUGUAGAGAAAGACUCGGAGAGUGUAACUGGCAAGGACACUGAGAGAGAACCGAUAGCAGUGGAGGAUGGACAAACAUCGCAGGCCAAAGAGGUGAUUGAGAAUGAUCAAGAAAAACCAUAUGUACCCCCUCCUCCUUACAAACCUCCUAUCCCAUAUCCUCAAAGACUUGCCAAAUCUAAGAAUCCGGGGCAAUUUGAGAAAUUUAUCGAGAUGCUCAAAAGGCUUCAUAUUGACAUACCCUUCAUUGAGGCUAUAACCCAAAUACCUUCCUAUGCCAAAUUCUUAAAAGAAAUUCUUUCAAACAAGCGAAAGAUUGAAGACAUUGGGCAAGUUGAAUGCAAUGCAAUUAGUGAAAACAAGCUAGCCCCAAAACUCGAGGACCCAGGAAACUUUUCUAUUCCUUGCGUUGUUGGCAGAUAUGUCAUAGAUAAAGCCCUUUGUGAUUUAGGAGCAAGUGUAAGUUUGAUGCCUCUAUCUAUCUGCAAGAGGCUCGGACUUGGAGAGUUAAAACCUACUAAGAUGUCCUUACAGUUGGCUGACAGGUCUAUCAAAUACCCAUUAGGAAUACUGGAAAAUGUUCCAGUAAGGAUCGGCAAACUGUUUAUCCCUACUGAUUUUGUGAUCAUGGACAUCAGGGAAGACAUUGAUAUUCCCAUUCUGUUAGGUAGACCUUUCUUAGCUACUGCGGGCGCUAUAAUAAAUGUAAAGAAAGGGAAGCUUACCUUUGAGGUUGGGGAUGAGAAAAUCGAGUUUAUACUGUCUCAAUUCACGAAAGGCCCCACCUUCAAGAACUCUUGUUGUAGACUCGAGAAAGUUGAAGGACAUAUCGAUAAACCCACCUAUGAACAAGUCCCUCCCGACAUCCUAAAACCCCGCCCAGUAAAUGAUAUCUUCCAGGAUAUAAAACACAAGAAGGGUCAGUAUUAUGAGAAUGUGCUAGGUGGAUUUCCCGAUACUCACGACCAGAUUUUUAAAGAAUGCCAAAUGCUGGCACAUGGGAAGAUUCACACUGUAAAGAAGAAACCUUCACCUCCUCUCACUAGAAAGAAAGCAAAAGGGAAAGAACCUAUGAGAUGGUUUGAUGUGUUCAAAUGGAUCUCUAAGGAUGUUGAGUACAGUGUUAAGGAUGUCAGUCUGAAAGAGGCGCCCUCUUGAUUUAAGGAUCAUGCAAAGUCGAGCUAACCGACUUUAAACAAAGCGCUGCGUGGGAGGCAACCCACGAGUUUUUAAUUUAAUGUUUUACUUUGAAUUUGCAGAAAAUAAAGAGAUUGAUCGCUUAACACCCAAUCAGUGCAUUAUAGGUGUCAAUCUCCAGGUUUUGCACUCCAAUUCUACUCUUGAGUCGCACCAGUGAGGACACUGUUGGAUUUAAGUUUAGGGGAGCAUUUCACUACUUUUAUUUAUUUCCCAGUCAUUUCAAUUUAUUUCCCUUUUCGCAUAAUAAAAAAAAAAUUUAAAUCUAUAGUGUUUUCUUUGGUUUUUCUAAAUUUUUCCUUUUCUUGAGCCAAUUUAAAAUUUUUUCUAAAGAUUUAGGACAAUUAUUCACUUUGAAAGUAUAUAGGUUAAGAAAGGACGAGAAGCUAAGUUUAGAAAAUUAGGGAAUUUUACAACAAAAUCGGUAUUUUUCCAACACCCAGAAGUCUCCCUAGUAUAGAUAUCAAUUUGAAUAACCAUUGUGCCGAAAUCUCCUGAUUUAAAUUUGUGGAUUCCUUUAGUAGUUUAUUUACCAGUCGGACACCAUCUAUAAGUCACACAUUAAGUAGGUCAGUCGAUGAAUAUAAGCGAAUCAUUUAAGCAAAUAAAAGGUCAUACUGUGGUAAUACGGUUAAACCUUG